AUGGGUGCACUCAAACCCGUCUUCCGCCCGCAGCUUCUGCGCCAGACCCUCACACAAAACGUGAUCCGCCCCGCGACAGUCUUCGGCCCGUCAUCAACGAUACGGGCGUCCUCGUCCGCAGCGAGCCGGCCUGCGCCCAUCAUCCCAGCGCCCACGCCAUUCUGCCCCGACGCCCCGACCUUUCUCAAGCUCAUUGGCCGGGGCCUGAGUGCUCACGCCUCCAAAUUCCCAUCAUGGGAGUCGCUCUUCUCUCUCACAUCCAGCCAGCUGGCCGAGCUCGGUGUCGAGCCGCCCCGGACGCGGCGGUACCUCAUUGAGUGGCGGCAGCGCUUCCGGAGGGGUGAGUUUGGCAUUGGCGGCGACCUGAAGCACGUCUCGCCCGAGGGCACUGCGGAGCUGCGCGUGCUCGAACAUGACGCGAACCCGUCCAUUCCCAAGAAGUACGUCGUCAACGUGCCGGAAGGAAAGUCGGUGGAGGAGACUGCACCGGAAGAGCUGAGCCGGGUGUCUGGCUACAGGGUCCAGGGCGCCAAGACCAUCAUUGGACCGUAUGCUCUGCCCUCCGGAAACGGCAUUGCCAAGAUCACGGUUACUGAGGGCAUGUGGGAGGACAAGAGAGGCAGGAAGAUUGACGGUGGUGAGAGAAGAAGGACAGAAAUCCGCUACAAGAAGAGAAUCCAGGAGCGUCGCGAGAUGCGUGAGAGAGGCGAAUUGGCUUAA